GCGCCUCGCCCUGCCCGUUACCCCAGCAGCGUCCCGCCGCCAGAAGAUGUCGCCAGACCUCGGCUGCUGGCUCACGCAGAGCCCGCAACCGCUCGCUCUCACACACACACGCACAUACACACGCACACACACAGCCGCACACGCCCGGAGCCGCUGACGGAGCCUAGCGGGGGCUCGCCGGCUCUCUCCGAUCCGCUGUCCGAGCGGCGGCAGCCGCGCAAAAGGAGAGGAGGCAGCGGCGCCCGCCCUGCUCGGAGCCGCGGCUGGCGGCACUGCCCGGAGAUGUCGGGGGUGCUGGUCCUCGCCGCCUGGUGCUUCCUGCAAGUGGAGAGCCGGCAUCCCGAGGUCAUCACGAGUAGCAGCAGCCGUGGCAAUUUCCUGGACAACGACAAAUGGCUGAGCACCGUUUCGCAGUAUGAUAAAGACAAGUACUGGAACAAAUUCAGGGAUGAAGUUGAGGAUGAUUAUUUCAGAAACUGGAAUCCAAACAAGCCUUUUGAUCAAGCUCUUGAUCCAUCCAAAGAUCCAUGUCUGAAGGUGAAGUGCAGCCCCCAUAAAGUGUGUGUCACUCAUGACUAUGAAACUGCUAUUUGUGUAAGCCGCAAGCAGCUGGUACACAGCAUUCGACAAAAGAAAGGAAACUUGGCCCAGAAGCACUGGACUGGACCAGCUAACAUAGUGAAAUGCAAACCUUGCCCCAUGAUGCAUGCCAGCCCUGUCUGUGGCUCUGAUGGACAUACGUAUACUACCAAGUGCAAGUUGGAGUUUCACGCGUGCACUUCUGGCAAAACCAUCACAGCUCGAUGCGAAGGGCCCUGCCCCUGCCUUCCAGGACCUGAAAGCCCAAAACACAAGACAGAGAAGACUGCUUGCACGGACAAAGAAUUGAGGAGUCUCGCUUCACGACUAAAAGACUGGUUCGGUGCUCUUCACGAAGAUGCAAACCGUGUCAUCAAGCCGACAAGCUCGGAGACAGCACAAGGCAGAUUUGACACCAGCAUCCUACCAAUCUGUAAGGAUUCCUUAGGCUGGAUGUUCAACAAACUUGACAUGAACUACGACCUGCUGCUGGAUCCCUCAGAGAUCAGUGCCAUUUAUCUUGAUAAGUAUGAGCCAUGUGUCAAGCCUCUCUUCAACUCCUGUGACUCCUUCAAAGACGGAAAGCUUUCCAACAAUGAGUGGUGCUACUGCUUCCAGAAGCCAGGUGGCCUUCCUUGCCAGAACGAAAUGAAUAGAAUUCAAAAGCUAAGUAGAGGGAAGAGUCUGCUGGGUGCUUUCAUCCCACGGUGCAAUGAAGAAGGUUAUUACAAAGCCACUCAGUGCCACGGCAGCACAGGGCAGUGCUGGUGUGUUGAUAAAUACGGGAAUGAGAUAGCUGGCUCAAGAAAACAAGGGACAGUUAGUUGUGAAGAAGAGCAAGAAACCUCAGGGGAUUUUGGCAGUGGUGGAUCCGUUGUGUUGCUGGAUGAUUUGGAAGAGGAACCUGAAGCAGCAAAAAAAGACAAAGAAGGAAAACUGAAGAUUCAUGUAAGAGCAGCUAAUGAAGAUGACGAAGAUGAAGAUGACGAUAAGGAUGAUGAAAUUGGUUAUAUAUGGUAGUGCCCAUCAUUCUAAGGACUCACAUUUUGCACAAUAUUGCAAGUCACAUCAUAUCUCUGCAAUUGUAUCUGAGAGUACCUGGCACAAAUAUUCCCUCUCUACCGAGUUUAAUUUUGUAUGGUCUGUUUAAUUUGGAAGACAGCUUUUUUCUUUUUUUCUUUUUUUUUUUUUUUUUCAGCAAGGACUGUUUGUAAUUCAGCUUUUGUUCAGUUGGUUUGGGGGAUUUUUGUUCUAAUCCACAGGGGCAAUGAAUUUUGUUUCAAAAACAUUUCAUGUCUUAAUCCUCAUUGCACAGCUUAUGGAAUAUAUUGUGUGAAAGAAGAAUCACAGAAGGGGCUCAGCAAACUGGUACAAGGUUUAGCAGCCCUUCUCUUUUUAUCAAACAUAGACAAUUUGUAUCAUAAAUUGUUACCUGGAUCAUAUCAGAAGCUGUAAUUUUUCUUUCAUGAAAAAGGAAAGUAGGCAUCUCCUUCUCUAUUCCAUAUUUGUUGUGUUUCUGUAGAGUAAGUCUCUUUGGAUACUGAUUUAUGGCUUCCUAGCACCAGGGGCUUAAUCCAGAAAGAAACCCACUGGUUUGGUGCGGAUUUUAUUUUCCUUACAUUCUUUGAGAAUGAGUCCAACAGGCUUAGUCCAGCCCACGUUGAAAAUCAAACCCACUGGAGCACAGAUCAGCUCUCCGACAGCGUUAUUUUGGUUAAGCAGCAUGGCCUUGAUCUUGAGAGAUGCUGAGAACCUGCAGCUGUCACGGACCGAGCCCUGUGGGCAGGGAACAGAGUCCGUCUGACUAUCAAAGUGUUCGAGCUAAGAAAGUGUCAUCAAUUUGUAGCAACAUAACCACCUCCACAGGCGUUCUUCAGCCCCUGUCUGAACUCAUUUGCACUAAGUGCACUAAUGUCACACGGGCAGCCUCUGCUCCCAGCUCACACACCGUGGGUCUGUCUGGUCUUUAUUUACUCUAAGCUAAUCCCUCAUUGCAAAGCUGUAUAGCUUUCAAAGACACUAACCAUCAAAAGUAAUACGCUGUCAUUUCUAUAAUUUAAAUAGUUAAUAUUUAUUUGGCCUGUUUAAAAUAGCAACUUUAAGUGGGAGUGUUUCUAAAGCUUAACUCCCCUGCUCGGCAUGACAAGCUGCACACUCCUAACACACAUGUAAAAGAGACUAGUAUUAAAACACAAUCUGUGACUCCCUCAGCAUCAUCCCUGUAUUUAUAGCUCUACAAUUGUAUCACAGCACACUGACAUUAAAUUAUUUGCUGUGUCCUUUCCCAUGGCAGUUCUCUGAUGCAAGAAUAUACUGUGGUGACCUUUCAUUAUUUUUGCUGUUUUUCAGAAAUGCUGCCCAUUGAUGUCCGUGAGUUACAGCAGGAGUGCAUUUGGCAGAUCAAUAUUUCUAAAGGG